UUACAGUAGUUUGUUGAUAGCCAGCCCCGCGAACGGAACGCAUACGGAAGAAAACGAUCGCAAGAUCGAUGUGGCUACAAUAUUUACGGAGCACAAUAGCCAAUUGUCGGUUGGAAAGCCAAAGCAAUUGGAUCUCCAGACGCGGAAAAUCUUGAAUUUUUUGCGAAAUUCGCGAAAUUUGUGAAAUUUCAGUGACCAUCGACAAAUUGUGUGUGUGUGUGUGUGGCAUUUAAGUAACCGGAGAAGCAGACCCACACCCGGAGUCUCAACUAGUGGAAAAACUAAUACGCCGUAUCAGCGGAAACCAGGCGAUUAUGAAGCCUUCGUGUCAGUUGUCCAUCUGGUCUUGGACACUGUGAGUGAGUGUUCCUUUUCACGGCGAUAGCAAAGUUGGAAGACAAUGUCGCGGAUAUGCUAAGUGAAAAUGGAAAUGGAUCCGAUGAUUUGUGAUCUGUGGUCUGGCCGCAUCUGGCUAUUGAUUCUCAUUUGUCUCUGCGGCUUUCGGCAAUCGCACGGCUUCUUUGUCGACUACACAGAGAACACCGAGUUAAUUCAGCAGAGAGCCGGAUUCGAUGUCAAGCUGCAGUGCAAUCUCAAAGGUCUGGUGGAUGAGAGUAUGCUGGAUAACAUCAAGAUACAUUGGUACUUUAAGCAAUGCAGCGAAAACAAUUGUCAUCAACUAGGAUCUGUAGAGGAAUGGACUGCACUGCCUUGUGAGCCGAGUCUGUGUCGUCCGGAACUGUGGCUCCGGAAUGUGACGGAGCGGUACUCGGGACUCUACAAGUGCAGCAUAAAUCCGCACAUCUGGGACAAGGCUCAAGCUGUGGACGUUCAACUGGUUCGCACCUAUCAGCUGGAUGUUAAGAACACCUCGUUGGCUGCCCCUGAGUUUGUGGACUCGUAUCCCAACAACAAGACCACAUUGGUGGGCAGCAGGGUGGUGUUCCAGUGCCGGGUUCACAGCGAGGAGCAUCCCACCAUCAAGUGGUUUCGCCGGCAAAGCUACGUGGCAGCUCAGUCAGCUGGAGAAGCCUCCUCGGCACCCACAACCUCCAAUUUCAGCACCCAUAUUGUGCGCUACAAUGGUCGCACAUAUGAACUACUGACCACCGAUGCCGAAAAACUGAUGGCACCACAGAUAUAUCUCAGCAAACUGAUACUGGACGGAGUGAGAUUGGGGGAUGCCGGACACUACGCCUGCGUGGCCAUCAGCUAUCGAGGCCAUAAGAUCCGGGAAGCCUUUCUGGACGUGCUGCCCGACGAGGAGUAUCCGGAUCAGGAGAGGGAGUACUGGGCGGACUACGAUGGCACAGAUGAGGGUGUACCGACUAGCGAUCGGCGGGAGUUCCUGCUGCUCUUUCUGAUGCCGCUGGGAUUGGCUCUACUGCCACUGAUCGUGUGGUUCAGUUACCUGUUGUACAAACGCUGCUCUGUGGGACAUGGCGAUUGCCAGCGGAUAGAUUCGGACGAGGAUCUGGACACGGAAAGGUGUGUCCUCGGCGGCAACUAGCAUGGGUAUCGAACAUUUUUGAAGCUGCACUACGCUUACUAUAAUGAUGUAAUAAAGACUGUCUUUAAAGUUAAGAAAAGUAGACGUACAAUCUGAAGUAAAUAUAAGGUUCUAAGUAAACAUAGAAACUAAUCAAGUCAACUGAGAUGAAAUAAAUUAUAAGCUUUUAAGUAAACAUAGAAGCAAAUCAAGUUAA